GAGCUCUGCGCAAUGUGAACUGCAGGUAGUCCGCCAUUGCUGUAUGAAAAACUAUCGGAUUUGGCGUUUGGCUGUCAACAAUAAACUUGCGGUGCCGGGACGCGGAGCUACGAGGUCGAGUGAAAGCUCGUCGGCUGCUCCAUUAACCAGUAGUCACUCCCGUCCCUCCCUGAAGAAUACUUUCAUGUGAAUACAGAGCCCACGGCCGAGGCAACCAUGUCCAAUCUCAGCAAAGGCGGCACCAAGAAGGACACCAAAAUGAGGAUACGGGCCUUUCCUAUGACGAUGGAUGAGAAGUACGUCAACAAUAUCUGGGAUCUUCUGAAAAAUGCCAUCCAGGAAAUUCAGAGGAAGAACAACAGCGGCCUAAGCUUCGAGGAACUGUACAGGAACGCCUACACAAUGGUGCUCCACAAACAUGGAGAGAAGCUGUACACAGGUCUGCGGGAGGUCGUCACUGAACACCUUAUCAACAAAGUAAGACUAACACAGAUUGCAGAGCAACCGGAUGUUAAGAGGAAGAUGCAUAUAGUCUAUGCUGACCAAGACAUUACUUGUACUUUUUUUGUGUUUGUCUCACAGGAUCGGGUGUAUGUACAGCAGAACAAUGUAGAAAAUGUCUACAACCUGGGUCUCAUUAUCUUUAGAGAUCAAGUGGUUCGUUAUGGCUGCAUCAGAGACCACCUCCGACAGACCCUGCUGGACAUGAUCGCACGUGAGAGGAAAGGGGAGGUGGUGGACAGGGGGGCCAUUAGAAAUGCCUGCCAAAUGUUAAUGAUCCUCGGCCUUGAAGGGAGAUCUGUUUAUGAAGAAGACUUUGAGGCACCGUUCUUAGAAAUGUCUGCAGAAUUUUUCCAGAUGGAGAGCCAAAAGUUCCUUGCAGAAAAUAGUGCCAGUGUGUACAUAAAGAAGGUGGAAGCCAGAAUCAAUGAGGAGAUUGAGCGGGUGAUGCACUGCCUGGAUAAAUCUACAGAAGAGCCUAUUGUCAAGGUGGUGGAACGGGAGCUCAUCUCCAAACACAUGAAGACAAUCGUAGAGAUGGAGAACUCUGGCUUGGUCCACAUGCUCAAAAACGGGAAGACAGACGAUUUGGCGUGCAUGUACAAGCUGUUCAGCAGGGUUCCCAAUGGGCUGAAGACUAUGUGUGAGUGUAUGAGCUCAUACCUGCGGGAGCAAGGAAAGGCUCUCGUGUCAGAGGAGGGAGAGGGAAAGAACCCUGUAGACUACAUCCAGGGUUUGCUGGACCUGAAGUCACGUUUCGACCGGUUUCUCCAGGAGUCUUUUAAUAAUGACCGGCUCUUCAAACAGACUAUUGCAGGCGACUUUGAGUACUUCCUUAACCUCAACUCUCGCUCGCCUGAGUACCUCUCACUCUUUAUCGACGACAAACUGAAGAAAGGAGUAAAAGGGUUGACCGAGCAAGAGGUAGAGUCUAUACUGGACAAGGCCAUGGUGCUGUUCCGCUUCAUGCAGGAGAAGGACGUGUUUGAGAGGUACUACAAGCAGCACCUCGCCCGCAGGCUGCUCACCAACAAGAGUGUCUCUGAUGACUCUGAGAAGAACAUGAUCUCAAAGCUCAAGACCGAGUGCGGCUGUCAGUUCACCUCUAAACUGGAGGGCAUGUUCCGGGAUAUGAGCAUCUCCAACACCACCAUGGAUGAGUUUAGACAACAUCUACAGACAACUGGGGUGUCACUUGGAGGGGUUGAUCUCACUGUGAGAGUCCUGACCACGGGAUACUGGCCAACACAAUCGGCAACACCCAAGUGCAACAUCCCCCCUUCACCGCGACAUGCAUUUGAAGUCUUUAGAAGGUUUUAUCUUGGUAAGCACAGCGGCAGACAACUCACACUGCAGCACCAUAUGGGCUCUGCAGAUCUAAACGCCACUUUCUACGGUCCAAUCAAAAAGGAGGAUGGGUCAGAGGUCGGAGUGGGAGGAGCCCAGGUUACCGGCUCCAACACCAGGAAGCACAUCCUGCAGGUCUCCACCUUCCAGAUGACCAUCCUCAUGCUUUUCAACAACAGAGACAAGUCCAUAUUUGAGGAGAUCCAGCAGGAGACGGACAUUCCAGAGAGGGAGCUUGUGCGAGCGCUGCAGUCUCUGGCCUGUGGGAAGCCCACUCAGAGAGUUCUCACCAAGGAGCCCAAGUCCAAGGAGAUCGAGAAUGGCCAUGUGUUUCUUGUUUUUUUUUAUUUAUUUUCCUUUGUUGUGCACUACCUAGUGGCUGCUAAACAAGGGGAGUCAGACCCGGAGAGGAAGGAGACGCGACAGAAAGUGGACGACGACAGAAAGCAUGAGAUCGAAGCAGCCAUCGUUCGCAUUAUGAAGUCCAGAAAGAAGAUGCAGCACAAUGUUCUAGUAGCUGAGGUCACGCAGCAGUUACGAGCACGAUUCCUCCCUAGCCCUGUAGUCAUCAAGAAGCGCAUUGAAGGACUCAUUGAGAGGGAAUAUUUGGCACGAACACCGGAGGACCGCAAAGUGUACACUUAUGUAGCAUAAAACAAUGAAUUCAAUGAAAGCUAACAUCGAGUUGAGUGAAACAGAGCCUUGUGUUUUUUUGGACUGCAAUGCAUUUGAAUGAACUUGGAAGUGCUUUCAUCAUUGAUUCUGGGAAACACUGGGAAGCUUACAUUUUCUUCCAUUAAAAAUGUGUAAAAAGAAAAAUAAUGCAAAAGAUGGGGAAGUUUUCUAGCAAUAUUAGAUUUCUUCUGCUGAGAGAAAUGGAAGGAGGGGAUCUAGUUUUGUACAAAAUCAUGUUUCUUGUGGCCUUUGGAGAGAAUUGGGAGAGCCUGUUUGCGAAUUAACUAUGUGCUGUUGAGAACGAGCUUAAACAUGUUAAAGCAAACGUGCGGCUACAUGGAGACCAAGAAAACAUUUGAAUUCACUCCCCUGUUUUAAAUGUUGAUGUCAACGUGUUAUGUUUGUUUUUGUGGCACAUUGAUGGCUGUACAAGUUGACCGACACUUUUGGCCUUUUCCUCCCAGAGGAUUUUAAAUUUAUAGAAGAGGACAAAGUGUUAACUGGUACAGACCUGGUUUACUACAGCAGUAAAACACAUUGCGAGUACUGGAGAAAACAUGAAGAGUGCUUAAUUUAUGUUGAAAAUAUGUCUGUUUUUUGAGGUUCUUUUUAAUGUCUGAAAUGAAUUAAGUGCACCUCACAUAGCUGAAAUAUUUAAUGCCAUUUUCAAUGUUUUGGCCAGGUCUGAACUAGUGGUUGGAGAGGUUAAGAGCUGUAGCUUCACAGCAUGCUUUUAUCUAACGGAUCAAUCAGGGCAAUAAGACACAUGAAAGCUCCAUAUAUGGUGUUUUGUCUCUCAUGACACAUAUUUCACUUCAGGCCUGCUGUAUGAUUGGCCAAAAAAAUUUUCUCCUCUCCGAAUGGAAGGUUCCUUGUGGUGCAGCUUUCAAAGCAGAUUUUUUUUUUUUGUUUUUUUUUUUUCAUUCUCGACUGCAUUUUCGAAAGGGUGGAACCAGUCUAGCACCAUGUUCUAAUGUGUACAAAUUGUAAAAUAAUUAUUGUACUCACUGCAAAGGUGGAUUGUACAGGGCCUUGUUUUCAUCAUAUUAAAUGUAGAAUAAAAAAAAUGAAGGGA